AUUUAUUGUGAUAGAAAAAUGAAAAAUUAGAAAGAUCCAAGAAAUGUCACGGCGAGCAGCCUCAACUACCAAAGCUCGAAAUCGGCACGACCACCAAACCCCCUCUCUUGAAUCUACCACCAAAACGCACAUACACCACCCACUGCGUGUCCUAUACAUACAAAUACACCCCCUCGGCCCCCCUCAUAAAUCAUAAUCAACCGCAGAAACCGUAAAACCGAGCUCAAUUCAGCACCGAUGGCUUCCUUCUCUUCGAUUCAACCCGCCGCCGCGCAGGCACCGUCGUCCACCGCCCGCUCUUCUAUCCUCAUUCCGCACCACCAAUACCAUUCCGACCAAUUCUCGCUCUCCUCUUCUCCCUCGCCGCCGCAGCUCCCCCCCUCCGGCCGUCGCCGCCGCCGCCUCCACUGCGUCCGCGCGAUCGACGCCGCGCAGCCCUACGACUACGAGGCCUACCUCUUCAACCGCUUCAGCCAGUCGAGCAAGCUCAAAAUCGCCGUCGUAGGGUUCGGCAACUUCGGGCAGUUCCUGGCGAAGGCGUUCAUCCGGCAGGGGCACACCGUCUUCGCACACUCGCGGUCGAACUACCACGCCGUCGCGGAGUCUAUCGGCGCCGCAUUCUUCACCGAUCCGCACGACCUCUGCGAGCAGCACCCCGACGUCAUCCUCAUCUGCACCUCCGUGAUCUCUACCGAGUCCGUGCUCCGGUCGCUGCCGCUGCAGCGCCUGCGGCGGAACACGCUCUUCGUGGACGUUCUCUCGGUGAAGGAGUUCCCGAAGAACAUCUUCCUGCAGGUGCUCCCCCACCAUUUCGAUAUCCUCUGCACGCACCCGAUGUUCGGCCCGGAGAGCGGGAAGGUGACGUGGCAGAAUCUGCCGUUUGUGUUCGACAAAGUGAGGAUUGGGAACGAGGACUCGAGAAUCAAUCGCGCUGAAACGUUCUUAGAUAUUUUCAAAAAGGAAGGGUGCACGAUGGUGGAGAUGAGCUGCGCGGAGCACGAUAAGUACGCCGCGGGUUCGCAGUUCAUCACGCACACGAUGGGGAGGAUUCUGGAGAAACUGCAGCUGGAUAGCACUCCGAUCAACACGAAAGGGUACGAGACUCUGCUGAAUUUGGUGGAGAACACGGCCAGCGAUAGUUUUGACCUAUACUACGGCCUGUUUAUGUAUAAUAAGAAUGCGAUGGAGCAGCUGGAGAGAUUGGACUUGGCAUUUGAGGCCUUGAAGAAGGAGUUGUUCGGCCACUUGCACGAGGCUUUGAGGAAGCAGUUGUUUGGGAAGUCGGAGGAGGGAGGUCACCGGAGGCCGAUGCUGGCGAAAUUGCCCAAGAAUGGGACUCCAUUGUUGCCGCCUCAAUCGGAGGCCGUUGCCAACAAGAACAAUUAGGCUGCUUUGUGUUGUAUUAGGUAUCACCAUUUCCUAGCUCUGUAUGUUAUCCCUCUGAUGGAAAAACAGACAUUGGAGAAUCCAGUUAUGUACAGAUGGCGGACUAACUUAUCGAUGAGAGACUCUAUCUUUGCAAUCUCUGUUGUUGUUCUUUUAUUCUUCUUUUGAUCUGUAUUGUGUUUCACUUAUGCUGUAUGUCUUAGUUUUACACAUGAUAUUGUAUCAGCUGAGCUUCGCGAGGAUCAUGCUACCUCCCAGUGCCUAUUGUCAUGUAGUUCUAGAUGAAUUAAUCUAAGUUGGAAUUUACCGUCUGAUUUUAUCUCUAUUGAUUAUAUCAUGUUCUGGGCAUUCCCCAAUUAUUUCA